GGUUACUAUGGCGAUUUUAUCUUUUGUAAACAUUAUCGUCUUUUACUUAAAAAGUUGAAAAAAUAAUUUUGUAAGAUUUGGAUAUGCUUGAAGAAACAAUGUGUGCAAUAUGUGCUGGCUAUUUCAGUUGUUUAUUUUUUGCAAAUUCACAGCAUGAUUUCAUGAAUGCUCUGCCUGCUUCAAACAUUUAAAAUAUGGAAAAUGUUUUGAAUAGAGAUUUGCCUGUCGGAGUGUACCGAACCUAUGAUGAAAUAAAGAACCUAAAAAUUAGGUUCAAAGUCAGAAAAAUUGCUAAUGCAUGCUUUAGUACUCGAGAUUCUCAAGAAAUGCAAGAUCCAAAUGAAAUUGAACUGGUGAAUUUAAUCAAGUCUUCAACAGCUCUUGUGGAACGUACAAUCUCAUGGCAAGAAAAAAUAGAAAAAAGUGAAAGAAAUGAUUUGGAAGAAAACAGCAAGGAGUCGGUAACAAUAUCUAUCUUCACAUAUACCGAUUCAGAUGUUCUAUCUCAAUCAUUAAUUAAUGAAAGGUCUAUUGCACAUCCUACUUCUUCAUCGCUUAGUCAUUUGGAAAGAAAGCUGCUAAAAAGAAAACCAAAAUCAAGAAUGAAUUUUCAUGAUUUUGUUACAUGGCAAAAGCCUCUAUUCUCAUAUGGUAAAGAAAUAAUUAAAAAGCAGGACAGUUCCAAUACCAUAUUUCUGCCUGUAGGUCAAACUCUGCUUGUCAUGGCUGCUUUAUUUUAUGAAGAUGGCUCAUCUUCUGAAGAAAUAGAACUAUGCUGUUUACGCUAUAAUGAUUAUGGUACUUUGAUUGUCUGUCCAGAUUUUUGCAAGAGUAAAGCAUUUUCAUUUCUUAAUAGCAGAUCAGAAGCAUUUGAAUAUGAAUUCGAAAACGUUUCACAUGUUCUAAAAGAAUCUGAAAACUUGCAAGAAAAAGGUUUCUUUCGAAAGGUUGAGCUUCAAAAACAAAAAGUGAUUACUGAUGCUGUUGGAGAAAUAUUUUUCUUACCUCCUGAAGACAACAUCUUAUUUACUAUAAAUUGUGAAAUAGUGUCUGCAAGCUACUUCUUGCUUCAAAAUAUUUUUGUGCAUUAUCAAAUAAUUCUUCCUGAAGGUUGCUGUUCAGAAAGUCCUUUGGAGGGGACCACUGAAACAUGUAGAAGCAAACAAAUUGAGCAAGCUAACGUUGCUUAUUUUGGAUACAGCUUUUCAGUGGAUGUUGUAACUAAAGCGCCUUUUUUAAACAGGUUGUCCAGUUUAAAAGUACUAGUCGAAGCAACUUCUGUUGAUUAUUGGGGCAACUUUCGUAAUGAAGGAUAUGGCUAUGGCGAUAUAGUAUUAGAACCAGGACAACUCAAAAUGGAGAUUCUAACGUGGAAACUUGAACCUACAACUCUUAAGAGCAAGUUACAUAAUUUUUUUAUUGGUGGAGUGCCGAGCUUAGAAGACAUAUCCUAUGUAAUUAGUCCAAGAGAGACAAAA